CUUUUGUCGUGCAAACAGUAUGAAUAAGUGUAGGUGAUAGUUGUCUUAUACAUCAUUUUUCAAGAUUACAAUCGUUAAAGAUAUAUCAAGAAAAUAGUUAUCGUUACACAGUGUGGUUAAGUGCAAAUGGACCCAAGUAUGGCUUCAUUUAAUUUAAGCGAACUUGGAAGUCAAUUGAAAGAUAUUACUCAAAUUGCUACCAGUACCGGCGUUUCUUUCGCACAUAAAUCGCUGAAGCUCAAUACUGAAGAAGAUGCAUCGGAAGUGGUUAAAGCGAUACGAGAAUGUAUCAAGCUGGAGUUUCUGGAUUUAGAAGGUAACACAUUGGGACCACUUGCUGCUAAAGCUAUAGCUCAAGCAUUAGAGGAGAAAGGUUCUUUCCUGAAACGUGCUCUUUGGAAAGAUAUGUUUACUGGUCGUUUGAAAACAGAAAUACCGAAAGCCAUUCAAUAUCUUGGCAGUAGUCUAUGUGCUGCUGGUACAUGUCUUGUAGAAUUAGACUUAAGUGAUAAUGCUUUCGGCCCGAUCGGUGUAGAAGGAUUGGCUAAUUUCUUGACCUCCAGUACAUGUUAUACUCUCCAGGAGUUAAGAUUGAAUAACAAUGGACUUGGAAUAUCAGGUGGCAAGAUGUUGGCAAAAGCAUUGUCCAAUUGCUAUGAAAAUAGCUCUAAAACAGGAACAUCUCCAUUAGCAUUGAAAGUAUUUGUAGCAGGGAGGAACAGGCUAGAAAACGAGGGUGCAACUGCACUGGCAUCAGUUUUCCAGAAAUUGACUAGUUUAGAAGAAGUUGUGAUGCCUCAGAAUGGUAUUUACUACCAAGGUAUAACGGCCCUUGCAAAUGGAUUGUCUGCCAAUCCAGGAUUGAGGAUCUUAGAUCUCAAUGAUAAUACAGUUGGGAUAAAAGGAGCUAAGGCUCUUGCAAAAGCAUUACCGAAUUUUGGAAAUUUGGAAGAACUCAAUUUAGGAGAUUGUUUACUCAAAACGCAAGGUAGUAUUGUCCUUGCAAGGGCACUGGGAAUUGAGGGUAACCAUCCUUCGCUUCAGAAAGUGAAUUUAAGUUUCAAUGAAAUCCGUAAGAAUGGUGCACAUCCAAUAGCUGUUGCAAUGGCUGAUAAAGAGCAGCUGACAACUCUACAAUUGGACGGAAAUGCUUUUGGCAAAGAAGGACGCGACAUACUGCAAAAAUCGCUUACUGUUUCUGAAAGAAUUGGGACAUUGAGCAUGGAAGAUGAUGAAGGUGAUGCAGACGAUAGUGACGAAGGCAUAGAAGAGAACAGUGAAAGCGAAAGUAAAGAAAACGAAGACGGCGAUAAUAAUGAUGAUGAUAGCGAUGAUGACGGCGAAGGUGAUAGUAAUGAUUAUGAUGAUGAAAAUGAAGAUAUAGUUGAAAAUGAAGAUACAGUUGAAAAUGGUAACACAACACCAGACAAUAUCGCAGUAUCAAAAGUGACUGUAGAACAAUUUUUAAAAUUACCAACAUCUGACAAUUUAUUGUCACUACAAGGUGACUUUGUAAUAGACUUUAUAAACCAUGCCAAAGAAUUAUCAAACAACGCGAAUACAUCUCACACACAGAAAUUCAUCGAAGAGCUUACAAGAAUAGUUAUGAAAGUGUCGUCGCUAUAUUCGACUGACACUAUUGUUAGUUUAAAAGCUCAACUUAUUACAAAUGCAUUGUAUUCGGAGUUAUGCUCUUAUGCAGUCGAAACUAACAAGACAGCCAUUUUGACUCAUGCCCUACUAGUCAACUUAGGUUUAAUUAAAAGCGAAGAUAAGCACAAUCAAAAAAUUGAUUGGGAUUUAGAAGGUUGUUUUAAAGCGUUAGAACAAAUAAUUCACAAGGACUACUUUUUAGAAGACACACGAACUACGUUAAACUUUUUCUUAGAUUUGACCAGUAACAGAAAGAAUACAGAUUCGUGUCAGGAAACGAAGAAUUCGCUUAAAGCUGCUCUAAAUCGUAUUCAACGUAAUAGAUCUUAAAAUUUACGUGUACAUUUGCUUGCUGAACAUUGAUAUAAGAUGUAUCUAUUUAUUGUUUAAAUAUUUUGAAACUUCUAGAACACAUGUGAUCUUAUACAGCCUUACAAUGAAAAAUAAUUAUGUAUAGUGUGAUGUAUACAAAUCAUUAAUCGUUAAGUGUUCAGUGCGAAUCUUGCAUUUCGUAACAAUUUUUCACAAAACAUCUACAAAUUCCUAGACUCGAAUUAGUUACAAGUUUUCGAAAAAUAAAAAUCUAUUAAUAUACCAUCGAAUUCCACAUUUAUUGCAAUGACUUUUUCUAAAAAUUGUUUACAAUAUAAACGUAUCGUUACAUCGUCGCACGUAUCUUUUCCAUCACUGAAUGUAUACAAAUUUUACAUCACACGUAUCAAAAUUGGACUAGAGCUUCAAAGGAAAUAUAAAAAACUAUUAUACCCGUAAAUUUGUAGUUU